CUGCAUUUGUCUCCCGCUGUUUCUUCUGCUUAUUCUGGAGAGGACACAAACACGUGGAGAGAUCAAGAAGACAGUUUUUAUGUAUACUUUGUUGAAAAAGUGCGCGUAAUUCUUUUUUGAGGAUGAAGGUUAAAGUGUUAAGCAGAAAUCCCGAUGAGUACUUACGGGAGACUAAACGAGACCUUCACAAAAUCCCGCGUAACUUCGAUCCCGCAUUGCAUCCCUUCCAAGCGGCCAGGGAGUACACGAAAGCACUGAAUGCCGUGAAGCUCGAGAGGGUGUUCGCGAAGCCGUUCCUGGGCUGCCUGGAAGGCCACAGGGACGCGGUGUCCUGCAUGUGCAAACAUCCCUCCGAGCUGGCCACCCUUCUGAGCGGCGCUUACGACGGCGAGGUGAGAACGUGGAAUCUCGGCCAGGGCACGUGCACCCGCGCGUUUCUGGCUCACGACGGCAUAGUCCGCGGUAUUGCGUACGCGCCGGACGGGAAACGUUUCGUCACCGUCGGCGACGACAAGACGAUCAAGACCUGGGACGCCGUCUCCGCUGGCGGGGAGGAGGAACCCGUGAAUACUAUUGUCAGCAAAACGGUAUUAACUGGUAUAACUCAUCAUUGGACCAAACCUGUAUUUGCUACUUGCGGAGAAGGAAUAUGUCACAUGUGGGAGGACACUCGUAACGAGCCGCUUCGUUCAUUCAAAUGGGGCGUGGAUAGUUUGCUCGACGUUAAAUUUAAUCCCGUGCAAAGGGAUCUUUUAGCCUCCUGCGCCAGCGAUCGCAGCAUAAUUUUAUAUGAUACUAGAGAGACAGGACCAUUAACAAAGAUAGUAAUGAAAUUACGGAGCAACAAGCUCUCUUGGAAUCCCAUGGAAGCUUUCAUCUUUACCUGUGCCAAUGAAGAUUACAAUUUGUACACCUAUGACAUCCGCAAGUUCAAGACGCCCGUUAAUGUGCACAUGGAUCACGUCGAGGCCGUGAUAGACGUGGAUUAUUCGCCGACGGGGAGGGAAUUCGUUUCGGGCAGUUACGACAAGUCGAUUCGUAUUUUCGAGGUGAAUAAAGGCCACUCGCGAGAAGUGUACCACACAAGGCGCAUGCACAGACUUACCUGCGUCGGAUGGUCGCUCGAUAGCAAAUACGUGAUUAGUGGCAGCGACGAGAUGAAUCUACGUGUGUGGAAGGCUAAAGCAUCGGAGAAGCUCGGCGUUCUGAGAGCCAGAGAAAGGAACGCGCUGCUUCUCAAUGACGCCUUGAAAGAGAAGUACGCGGCGCAUCCGCAAGUUCAACGAAUUGCGCGUCACAGACACGUGCCGAAACACAUAUACAAUGCGCGGGCCGAAUUGCGAGAGAUUCGCGAGAAAGGUAGACGCAAGGAGGCCAAUAGACGUUAUCAUUCUAAAAAGGGAACUGUGCCAUUCAAGUCAGAAAGGCAAAAGAGUGUUGUGGGUAGAGACAGCUGAAGCGGCGUGUAUCUCGUAUUCUCGGAUCAUUCCAUCUAACACGAUCAAACGCAUCAUUUCGAUAUUUAUCGACACAGCACUCGUUGGUUGUCUCAAAUUGAUCUUUAUACUGUUGGAUUCUACAGGAUGUUAUGUAAGUCUUAAAGGAGUACUUUGUAUUAUAUUUAUUGUAAUAAAUAAUUUCUCUUGACAUUAUACAACGCAUCGCGAUAAUAAAUUCAUAAAACAUUA